AUGCUGCGCGCGGUUUUUCGCUUUGCAAAGCCAUCCAGGCGCACUGCGCAACUCGCGAGCAAGUCGUUUGUCGGAUCAGGCUACGACAUCCCCAAGACGCAGACCGCCGUCAUGUACGAGGCCGACAACUCGCCGCUCCAGGUGCGCGAGGACUGGCCUGUCGCUCAGCCUGAAGAUCUCAAAGCUGGCGAAGUGCUGGUUCGUAUUGCAUACACUGGCGUGUGUCAUUCGGAUCUGUCGGUUUGGGAAGGCGGAGGACCUCCGCUGCCCAAGCAGUUCCCAAUGAUUGGCGGCCACGAAGGUACCGGCUACGUCGCAGCCAUUGGUGCUAAUACCAAGACGAAACUUAAAGUGGGCGACGCGGUGGGAGUCAAGUGGCUUGCACACACGUGCUUAGGCUGUGAGGACUGCCGUAAAGGUUACGAGACUACCUGCGGGGAGGCAGGCGUUCACGGCUUGACCUGCCACGGAACCUUCCAGCAGUGGUGCGUGUCGUUCGCAGACCACGUGACUCCAAUCCCGAAGACUUUGGAUCUGGCAUCGGCUGCUCCGAUCCUAUGUGCCGGUAUGACGGUGUACAAGGCGUUGAAGCAGAUCGGCGGCUCGCCGGGUGAGUACGUGGUGAUCCCUGGCGGUGGAGGUGGUCUAGGUCACUUGGCGUGUCAGUACGCGCGUGCUAUAUGGGCUACAAGGUGCAUUAUUGACUUUAAGGAUAGAGACGUGAUCGACCAGGUUCGUGCUGCUACGGGUGGACGUGGCGCCCAUGCUGUCAUUGUCGUGGCUGGCUCCAAGGACGCGUACAAGGACCCGCUCAUGUUCCUACGUCCCCGCGGCACGCUGGUUGCGGUGGGUGUACCCAAGGACACGGCCGUCGUGGCCCCUGUCGAGCCGUUGAUCCCGCUGGAGUUCCGUAUCGUCGGCUCCAACGUGGGCAGUCGUCAAGACGCCAUCGAAGCCAUCGACCUCGCAGCCGACGGUCAUGUCAAGAGCUCGUACACCGUUGAGCCCUUGAAAAACCUACCCGAUGUCUUCAAGCGCAUGCAUGCUGUCAAGUUGCGAGGUCGUGUCGUGCUGGAUUGCGAGUAA